UGGUACCAUUAUUUGGCAUCAUUUUGACAUUUUUUUUCUAAAUUUUGAAACAUUUCAUUUUUUCGAAUACUUUGCCUCAUAACCGUUAUAUUUUUUUUAGUAUAACAAGCAGGAAAAAGAAGCAGUCAAUUUAGUGAAAUAAAACUUGUGAUUCCAUUUUUUUCUCCAUCAUUGGUGUUGCUGCAUUGCAUUGUUGUCUUUCGUUCUCUCCGGAAUACAUCGGCAUGUCUGGCAUAAAAAUGUUUUCAAUGCUGACGACUACUACAUGGGCGGUAAUUUUAAUGGCCUCGUUAUGGUUCUGGUCUGGUCCAUUUCGUUGUUAUUGUUAUUCGGCCAAAUACGACAAUAAUAACGAUCAAGAUUUAAAUAUCUAUCAUCAUGAUGAAAAAGAUGUAAGAAUAAAAAGUGCCGUUAUUUCAAAAUGGUCGGAUGUUCAAAAGAUUGUUUCGAGUCAAGCAUUUCAAAAUGAUGAUGACCGUAUUGAGAUUAACAUUUUCCUAUUGAUAUUGAAUCCUAAUGCCAGAAACCAUCAUCAUCAACAAAAACGGAUGUCAAAACAUCGAAAUAGCAAAAAAAGGAAACUUGGUGGCCAUGAUCAUCAUCAUCAAAAUGAUGAUGAUAAUAAUAAUGAUAAGUAUCAAAAGCAAUAUAGUGAUGAACAAAAAGAAAUCAUCACACAGUUUCAAUAUUCGGCCACACAUUUCCAUUCGGUUACCUCCAAAUAUAAUUUGAUCAAGGAUAAUGAUGUUGGACAGAAAAAAAUUUUUCGUUUUAUCAUAAUCGAUAAUGAUGAUGAUGAUGAAAAUGGUCUACAAAAACAACAUAAAAAGAUGCUCAAUUAUUUACGUCAACAUUCAACUAUUAAUGAACGAACAAUCAUUGAUCAAUGGCAACGUGAACGUGAUCCUUUCAUGUUGGUAAAAUUGUCUAAUCACCAUCAUGUUCAAAUAAUGAAAAACUAUGUUCAUCCACAUGCAAUUAUGAUGGUAUUCUGGUAUGGAAAGGUGUGUCGGCUUCCAUUGCUAAAGUAUUCUGAAACAAGCCAAAAUCAAAUAUCCAAUAUGAUCAAUAUGACAAUCCUUUUUGUUUCAAUGAUAUCGUUAAUUUUUGGUCAACGAAAAAAUUUACCAUACCUUCAACAAUUAACGUCGUUGCCCGCUUUAUUAUAUCCGAUUGGUUUUGUUUGGAAUCAAAUUCAUGGUAGUUCAAGUAACGGUGGACAAUCACAUUCAUCUUUUUUAUCGAUCAUUCAGUUUAGUCCUCGUUCUAAUGGACAAUUUUUAUCGGAAAGCUUAUUUAUAAUGGCAGCCAAUUUUACUUUUUCAUAUUGCCUUUAUAUGUGUACUGAUUGGUUUUCGAAUCCAGUUGAAAAAUUGAAACCUGAUGCAUCAAACAAAUUCAAUAGUGGAAAAGUUAUUGGACAUAACAGUAAAAAUAAAAAAAGCCUUAUAACUUAUUUGAUCAUUAUAAUGGCUAUAUCUUUUUGGAUUGUCAAUUCUGUUUUCAAAAUGAAAUUAGGACAAUAAAUAGAAUAUAUAAUA